AUGCGUUCCUUCGCCCCUCUGCUUUUGAGCCUUCUGGGUGCUACCGCUGCCGUUUCGGCUGCGGAUGCUGAGUCGGCGGACUCCAACGUCGUCACUCUGACCCAGGAUACCUUUGAUGACUUCGUCAAGGAGCACGAGCUGGUUCUCGCUGAGUUCUACGCCCCAUGGUGUGGCCACUGCAAGGCUUUGGCUCCCAAGUACGAAGAGGCUGCGACUGAAUUGAAGGAGAAGAACAUUCCCCUCGCAAAGGUGGAUUGCACUGUGGAGGAAGAUCUCUGCCGCAACUAUGAAGUUGACGGAUACCCGACCUUGAAGGUCUUCCGUGGACCCGAAUCACACAAGCCAUACGGUGGAGCUCGUCAAGCAGACUCAAUUAUUUCAUACAUGACCAAGCAGUCAAUGCCCGCCGUUUCCAGCGUUACGGAGGAGAACUUGGAGGAAUUCAAGGCUCUGGAUAAAAUCGUCAUUAUUGGCUAUGUCGGCUCCGACGACAAGGUCUCCGACGAGAGCUUCGCCACCUUCGCCGAGGCUCAGCGUGACAACUACUUGUUUGCCGCAUCGAACGAUGCCGCCCUUGCUAAGGCUGAGGGUGCCAAGCAACCAUCCAUUGUUCUGUACAAGGACUUCGACGAGAAGAAGGAUGUUUACGAGGGCAAGUUCGAUGAAGAGUCCAUUCUCAACUGGGUCAAGACCGCCAGCACUCCCCUUGUUGGUGAACUUGGACCUGAGACCUACUCUAAGUACAUGGCAGCUGGUAUCCCAUUGGCAUAUAUCUUUGCCGAGACCGCUGAGGAGCGCGAGAAGUUCGCUGAGGACUUCCGCCCUAUUGCUGCCAAGCACCGCGGCGAGAUCAACAUUGUCACCCUCGAUGCUAAGCUCUUCGGUGCCCACGCUAGCAACUUGAACCUGAAGCCUGAGACCUUCCCUGCCUUCGCUAUCCAGGACACCACCAAGAACGCCAAGUUCCCCUACGACCAGACCAAGAAGAUUGAUGCCAAGGAGGUUGGCAAGUUCAUCAAGGAUGUCAUUGAUGGCAAGCUUGAGCCUAGCAUCAAGUCUGAGCCUGUUCCCGAGACCCAGGAGGGCGCUGUUACCGUGGUCGUUGGCCACAACUACCAAGAGGUUGUCAUUGACAACGACAAGGAUGUUCUGCUUGAGUUCUACGCCCCAUGGUGUGGACACUGCAAGGCUCUUGCCCCCAAGUAUGACGAGCUUGCCGCUUUGUAUGCGGACGUUGCUGAGUUCAAGGACAAGGUUGUUGUGGCUAAGAUCGAUGCCACUGCCAACGACGUCCCUGACCCCAUAACUGGUUUCCCCACCAUCAAGCUGUACCCCGCUGGCAAGAAGGAUGAGCCCGUCGAGUACGAGGGCUCUCGCACCGUCGAGGACCUGGUCUCCUUCAUCAAGGAGAACGGCAAGUAUCAGAUUGAUGGUCUGGCUGAGGGUGCUAAGCCUGCACAGGGUGGUGAUGUGACUGCUCCUGCUUCCGCCUCUGACAAGGCUGCUGAGACACCAGCUCCUGCCGAGGAGGUGCAUGAUGAGCUGUAA